AUGCCAAAGAGGUGGAAAAGGAAGGAAGCAGCUCGUCGUCGUUCUGGAUACCGCGACUACGCCGACGCCACUGCGCUCGACCGUUAUGCACCUGCGGGCGGCGAGCUGGACGAAGACGGCGCGUAUCGGUCGAUGGCUUCGCUUACGGUGACGUGUCCCUGUUGUGGGAGGCGACAUAACCUGAUAGAGACCAUGCUCUUCCUCGCAUUGGAGGAUGCGAUGUCAUCGUCUCAGCGGCAUUCAUCCAGUUCGGAGUAUCUCGAGUCCUCCGCGUACAUCGAAGAGGUCGAGGAUAAUCAGCUUGCGGUCAGUCCCAGGAGACGCGCCACUCGUGGCGGUAGGACAAAGGCGAAGGCCGGGCGCUUCAAUAUCCCCCCCCCCUUGCUGUGGUACGUCGGCGUGAAAGCAAUCUCGUAUCUGUUGAGCUUUAGCCUAACUGUUGAUAAAACUAUAAGGUCUAUUGCAGCGCUGUAUUUGUUCUGGCGAGGGUAA